AUGUUCACGUCAAAAUGCUUAUUGCUACUUGCAAUUACGUUCGCGCCAUGCCAACUGGUGCUCCAACAUGUUUUAAAGAUAACAGGAAUACUACUGAAGGAUGGCAAUCCGGUACCAUUUACAAGUAAAACGGAAUUGGAAAACAAUGAAUCAUCGAGACAUGUUGAAGAUGUCUGCAUCAAGCUUCGGGCCUCAGUUACAUCCAAGACAGGAGUGCCAUACGAUACGGUCGGAUGUAUCUUCUGUUCCUUAAUUGCCCAUCCCAAGCAGAAUCACGUCAUUGUCAACAUAGAGAAUAACGGAUCUGCUGAAAUGAACAAUUUUGUAAGGGAUUUGUACUCUGUAUAUGAAAAACGGAGAUACGAUACCUACAUCCCGGGCUUAAAUCUGCGACGACAUUUCGAGGCUGUCUUCGGUGACUGGUACGCAAUAUGA